AAGCCUACUCACAUGACAUAAUACCCUGUAUAGUGCACAGGUGACAGUCUCCCCUCAGUUUCUUUCACAACAUUAGCACGAAUCACUGUGAAAUCCAGCACAAUAGCAUGUGAAACAUCAUGGGAAGAGUGAGUAUUAGCUAGUACUAGUGUGCCUAAUGUGAGACAAGGAAUAAUCAGCAAUGGCCGAUGAUGGGGAGCUGAACCAAAUGGGAAGCCCCACCAGCUCAUCUGGCCAAUGUGGCCGCCAGACAUAUCGAAGUUGUGCCCAUUCCUGCAGCCUGUUGGAUGGGCUGUUUGGCUUGAGGCAGGGUGGCAUCCUGUUUGACGUAGUACUCAUUGUGGAGGGCAAGCCCAUCCAAGCCCAUCGUAUCCUCCUGGCUGCCGCAUGUGACUACUUCAGAGGGAUGUUUGCUGGAGGUCUCAGAGAGACGCAGCUGACAGAGAUUCCAGUGCAUGGGGUGACCUACACUGCCAUGACCAAACUUCUGGACUUCAUCUACACAUCGGAGCUUGAGUUAGACCUGGACAAUGUGCAGGAGGUCCUGGUUGCUGCCACUCUUGUACAGAUUGAGGAGGUUAUUGGCUUUUGCUGUGACUUCCUCUUUUCCUGGCUGGAUGACAGCAACAUCUUGGAAGUUGACAAGCUGGCUGAUGUGUAUGGGCUGCAGCAGCUGGGGGCCAAGGUGCACUCCUACAUCCUGAGGAACAUUCAGACGUUCUCUCGCACAGAGGUGUACCGCCAGCUUCCCCCAGAGAAGGUCCUCAGUGUGCUGAGCAGUGACGAGCUAGAGGUCAGCUCAGAGAACGAGGUGUACGAGGCAGCUUUGCACUACCACUACAGCCCAGAGCAGGUGGAGACAGACCAGGUGUCCCUCCAGGACAAUCUGAGGAUGCUUGAGGCGGUGCGUUUCUGCCUCAUGGACAAACAGGUGUUGCAGAGACUGUUUGGGCGGCUGAAUCAGUGUCCACUGAAGGACUUUGUGGCAGCUGCACUGCGUUACCACGAGCAGGAGCUUUGGCAGCCCAUCCUGCAGGGCCCCCUCACCCAGCCCCGUUCCAACUUCAACUGCAUCCUUGGCUUCGGAGGUAUGUUCUCCUCUGGCUCACUGACUGAGAGCGAAGAAUUGUUCCAGGUCUAUCACCCUAGCUGGGGUGAGUGGAGGACACUCACGGCUGCUCAAGCCCCCCGCAUGUCCAACCAAGGUAUCGCUGUGCUGAACAACUUUGUCUAUCUGAUUGGGGGAGACAAGAACACCAGCGGCUUUCGUGCAGAGACUCGCUGCUGGAGAUAUGACCCUCGCCACAACAUCUGGUGCUCCAUCAAGCCCCUGCAGCAGCAGCAUGCAGACCACUGUGUGUGUGUGCUGGACGGACACAUCUACGCUAUUGGGGGGCGCGACUACAGCAAUGAACUGGAGUGUGUAGAACGCUACGACCCACACACCAACACCUGGGAAUAUGUGGCAGCCCUCAAGAGAGAGGUGUAUGCACACGCCGGAGCAGUCUUGGAUGGCAAGAUGUACGUCACUUGUGGGCGGCGGGGAAUGGCGUACCUGAGCGAGACAUACUGUUAUGACCCCCAGCACAACCAGUGGGCAGAGUGUGCAGAGGGGCCGGUGGAGCGGGCAUGGCAUGGUAUGGCUGCUGUCAAUGGACGGGUCUAUGUCAUUGGUGGCAGCAAUGAUGAGCGCGGGUACCGCCGAGAUGUUCUCCAGGUGGCAUGCUACAGCCCAGCAGGUAACUCUUGGUCUGUGAUGACUCCUCUACCAGCUGGUCAUGGGGAGCCUGGUGUGGCAGUACUCGGCAGCCUCAUCUACAUACUAGGUGGGCGCUCUCAUGACAAGAGCAACCGUAUGAAAUACGUGCAUGUGUAUAACACAGAGGCAGACCUCUGGGAGAGUGGGACAGCAUUCGAGGACCGUAUCUCUGGCCUGGCAGCCUGCGUGGUGCUCCUCUCCCGUGCUGUGAUUGAUCAAGCCAAGAACUGGGAGCAGCGCACCAAGGCAUCCUGGGAGGAGGUGGAUUUGGACAACUCUGAGGACUGACUGACUGACGUGGUCCUGACUGUGGAGGAGGAGACUAGAGCGGUGUUCAGAGGUGGCAUUGAACUGAAUCUGAGGGGAAUCUGUUAUUUGCUGAAUCUUUUAUUUUGCAUGCAAGGCUGAAUGAAUCCUUGUGGUAUUUCCCUAGCUUGUUUGAUACAGUGGUGAUGGGAGUGUAGUCUCUCCCUGCAUGUUGACCACGCUGAGUGCCUCUGAACCAAAGUGUUAACGAAAACCUUUUGCCUCUUUCUCUUGUGUUGUUGCUCCAACAUCUGUACUUCUGUAGGCCUUCUCCCGUCUUUGCAGCUUGCCCUCACUUUGACCUGAAGACGUUUCUGCGUGUGUGUCUGCCAGAUUGACAGAUUAAGGUGACUUUACCACUUUGGUCUAUCACUACUGUUCCCCCUUUACUUUAUACAAAGAGGAGAAGAAAGAAAUAGCCUUUUUUUGGAACACUUCCUCCACAAAAUCAUACAAAUGUUUCACAGCUCUUCAACUUAACAUUACAACCAGUUCAAAUGAGGCACAGAGGGAUAUUCAUUGACUAUGCAAUAAUUUGAUGAGGAGGAGUACUCAAAUGAUCACGGUUAACAAAAUCUAGUUUAGUUUGACAUUUUAGACCAAAUAAUAACCUUUGCUUUUACAGUAUCAUUAGAUAUAUAAUAUUUAAUUUGUUUAAUGUUGCACUUGUGAAGGAAACAGGCCAUUAAUCUGCCAGCUUGGAAACCGAAACUGUUUUGUCUAGUUCUGUUGAGCUGGAUUCAUGGUUUAUGUUCCAAUAUUGGCCCUUAUAACCACUGCUUAUUACUAUGAUAUCAUGAGAAUGGCAUUUACUCAUCAUGAACUUAAAAUGAAUAAUGAUUAAUUUGUCUUAUUUCCACACUGUGCCUUGCUUUCUCUGUUACACUUAAGACAGGGUUUCCUGUUUGGUUAGAAAUGGGCCUUUAAUAAUGUGUCUCUUCUAUCACAGUUUAUCAAAUUGUUGUUGAGGAAAGAAGUCACUAAUUGUUGACAGUGGAUUAGAAUAAAGAUGUAGUAAACAUGUGAUUAUACUACAGUUGGUACACAUGAAAUCAUCCAGAAUAUUUUACCCUGCAUCUCCGUAAUAAAAACAAGAUCAUAUUCUAAACCCCAAGACAACCGUUUGCCUAUAUAUGUGAGUUUUUACAGAGCCGCAAAUAAUUGUUGAGUGAUUUAGUGAAUAAUUACUACUAAUUUGUGUAGUAAUCAUUUAUUUAUUUGCAAUUUCCUUUAUGUCCAAAGGAAUUCCUCUAUAUACUGAGAUUUACAUGGUAUUGACCAGGCCUGAGUGGUUGUCUGUCCUCUCAAGGUGGUUGUUGUUGCCUAUAUCCUUCAUCCCUCCCAGUCUCAGCUAGUUCCUCUCCAUUUGGUCCUAUAGCCCAUUGACUUUAUGAAGCUUGACUGCUGCUUUCUUCUCCAAGGCUGUUUCAUCUGUAAACCCCCAUCAUCCCCCAGUCAGUUCCCCCCUCUUUAUUUCACACUGUCAUGCCAGUCCCUGGUGUGUCGUUUUGGUCUGCUGAUGUGCCCUCUUGUUUUGGACAUCCAGCUCAGCUCGCAUAAACUGCUACGUUUUCAUGGUGUCCAUAAACAGCAAUCUAUUCAUUCUGACACCACUGACCACCUGGGGAAUAAUGAAGACAUAUGUCACGUAUUUGGCAUUGUCAGAGAGAGCUGAGGCCUUUACACACUUUAGAGUUAAGGUCGAUUUAGAGCUCUUUGCUUGUCCAU